AUGUCAACAAUCAUGGCCGAGGCCUUUCCAGCAUGUGUUGAUCCAAAGGCAGAGAAAUGUGAAAUUCCGUCUUCUAGCUCUGAUCUGAAGCCAGAGCAAGCCAAGAAACCAACAUGUAUUUUAGUGCUUGGAAUGGCAGGUUCAGGCAAAACAACAUUUGUUCAGAGAAUCACAGCUCACCUUCAUGCUAAAAAGACGCCACCGUAUGUCAUUAACUUAGACCCAGCUGUUCAUGAAGUCCCAUACCCAGCAAAUAUUGAUAUAAGAGACACAGUGAAUUACAAAGAAGUUAUGAAGCAGUAUUCAUUAGGUCCUAAUGGCGGGAUUGUUACUUCUCUCAAUCUGUUUGCGACAAGAUUUGACCAGGUCAUGCAGUUCAUUGAACAGAAAACUGGACAGACUGAAUAUGUGAUUCUGGACACACCAGGACAAAUAGAAGUUUUCACAUGGUCAGCAUCAGGAACAAUAAUCUCAGAAACUCUGGCAUCAACAUUUCCAACUAUUGUUGUGUACGUGAUGGACACGUCCCGCAGUAUAAACCCUGUCACUUUUAUGUCCAAUAUGUUGUAUGCCUGCAGUAUCAUGUACAAAGCCAAGCUUCCUUUUAUCGUGGCUAUGAAUAAGGUUGACAUUGUGAAUAACAAAUUUGCAGUGGAGUGGAUGACAGACUUUGAAGUUUUCCAGGAAGCAUUAGAACAUGAGACCUCUUAUGUUUCAAACUUAACCAGAUCAAUGAGUCUCGUCCUAGACGAGUUCUACGCAGGACUCAAGAAUGUUGGAGUCUCAGCCAUGACAGGAGAAGGUAUCCCACAAUUCUUUAAACUCGUACAGGAGGGUGUUGCAGAGUAUGAAAAAGAUUAUCGUGUUGAAUAUGAAAAACGAAAAGCAGAGAAAGAAGAAAAGGAGAGGAACAGACAGAAAGACCAGAUGUCAAAGUUACAGAAAGAUGUGAAUUCUGAAGGUCAAGAUGAUAUGGAAGUGGAUAAGAGAUUGAGAGGGAUGGUGAUUACUCCUGGUCAGGAAGAGAGUGACAGCGAGGAAGAAUUCAGGAAUGCACCGGAGGAAGACGAAGAGGAACAAAGAGAAUAUGAAUCCUUCAAAAGAUUUAUUGAGCAACAGAAGGAGAGACAACAACAGAAAUAUGAGGCCAGUCAGGGGGACAAAACAUGAUUAUAAAACUUACCAGUGAAGUAGCAGUUAUUUUGUCAUACAUGUAAGAAAUCCCUGUCUUGUGCAGAAGAAGUUCAUUGGGAGAGAAGCUGUGAUGAACAUUUUAUCGUAGCUCAACCAAUAAAUGUACUGAACAUCAGAAUAAAAUCUUAUUUUGUUACAAUGUAAAA